AACAUCCGCCUAAAACGGAACGGUAUAUACGCCUGUCGCACCAUUAUCGCGACCUGCAAAGCAAACUAUCGAUCACAUCAGGAAAGACUCCUUCGACUUACGAUUAUGCAACAGCCGAAAAAGACAAGCGACUGGCAAGAUCAAGGAGCGGCAAACACCCAAAUAUUCCCCUCCUCCAGUGGAUGGCGGCCUGAAAGCCUGCAGGAAGAUGGGUGGGCUACAUCGUCCAAUACCAAGAUAUUACAGACAGAGCAUAUGUCCCAGGUGCCCCCAGGAAGUGAUCUGAGCUACGACGUUACUGAACGUCGUAGCUCCGACGGCAGCCCCUUAUACUCGGUGUAUCCCUCUGGGAACCAAGGAGAGAUGCAUGAUCAGACUUCUGCAGCAGGAAUGGCGUCUGAAAUAGGGUCAUUUCAACGAUCAGACAUAGUAAACAAUCCCCGAUCAAUGCAAACUUCUCAAGAAUUUGAUCCAGGUAUUGAACCUAGUAAAGCUUCACUGACGACAGAAGCAACCCUGAAGAGAGGCAUGGCUUGCAAGUUCUGUCGCCGUCGGAAACUGAGGUGCUCUGCAGAAAGGCCAAAAUGUUCCAGUUGCAUAAAAUACAAGCAAGAAUGCGAAUACAGGACUGAAGAAAAGCCAUUCUCAAAAGUACAUCCGGCCCAAUCUCAAACAGCACGCCGAAUGCCCCCGUUCUCUCAUCAGAAUCUUUCUCAUGGCUUUCGUCCUGUCCACAAUACCCAAUCCAUGGGCUCUAUUGCGGGUGAUACCCCGCAUCAUCCUCAGCAACAGCGCAUCAUGUCGGCACCCUCGGACCACCUUGUGAAUCAGCCCUGGCAAAGUUUUGCUCCUCGUCAACCAGUGGUGGACUUCAACUAUCCUGUGCAGAUACCAAACUACUCAUUCCCCACUCCCCAGAUGAUGCCUCAAAACUAUAGUUCUCCGUUUGAUCCCAAUCUUCCAUUUCCUACGUAUCCUCAACAACGUUAUAUGCCGGAAGAUCCUGUCCGUGACAGCACUUCUUCAAGCACACAGUUCCCACUCGUUUAUCUACCCCAGCAACCUACCGUCAAUCCCGUUGUGUCAUCUGAUCUCACAGUCCCGAUAUCCCAGAGAGAGAAUCUUAGCCGAGAGGUUCCAACACCGGCCAUCUCCAGGGAUUCGCAAUUUACAGCCCAGUCAACAUAUACCUUCCCUACGGUGCCCGCUUUACCCCCAAUAAACGCGCCAUCUACCGCAUAUCCUCAAACUGGUCCUACUUUACUCCCAAAUGAUAUCGCAAAGCAAUCUCAGAGUUCUGUGUCCCCCGAAGCUAAUGACAAAUCUUCGUCUUCUGCUCCUACUUCUGUUUCCUCCAUGCUUGGCCUCCCACCCGAGCUGCACGACAACAUUGAUUCUGUGGAUAAUCUAUCAGAUCGUCUAGGAGAAUUUCUUUUUGGUCCCGGCGAGAAUACAGCGACGAACCAAAAUAUUUCAUCGAAAGAGGCAUCAGAGUGGCAGAAGAAGAGGAGAACAGGCAAGGGACAGACCGCGCAAUGGAUUGCGGGAGGGAAAACACUGGGGGAAGCUCCUGAUCGGAAUUCGCUGUUGUUAAACAGUGCGGAAUUCGAUGGACUGAAAGAUGAACAUCGAAAUCUCCUGUUGGAUUGCUUCUUGGCACAUGUCCGUCUCUUCUUCGAAAUGAGCAUACCAAGGUUCCGAUAUCGUAUGACAUUUAUGGACAAGCGAAGACCUAGUCCAGCAUUGUUAAAUGCGAUGUACCUUUGGGCUACUCGAUUAUCUCAGGCGCCUAAUUCGGCAUCCAUGGAGGAACGUUUCUUCACGGAAGCAUGUCGACAUCUGGAUGCGGCUGCUGCAAAUAGCGAUAGGUUGAUUGACGCCAUUCGAGCAGCUAUGCUUCUCAGUGCUUACGCUUAUACGAACAACCGUCAUCAUGAAGGAUGGCUUGUGGCCGGUAUUGCCGUCAGGCUUGUCUUGUCCACAGGUAUACAUAGAAUCCCCUCUCUUACUUUCAGAGCUGCUCCUCCCACGAAUCCAUUACUGCGUACCAGAUCAUACCUACUCCCGCCCCCGGAAGAUGCCAUUGAGUUGGCCGAGCGCGUGCACGCGUUCUGGUGUGUCUACUCAAUCGAACGUUGCGGUGCUCUAGCGACUGGUUUCCCGUCGUCCAUUAGCGAUGACGAUAUUCUUACACCUUUCGGGCGACCAUUUGAUGACAUCUCUUCUCAAAAUGUUACGUCCGGGGAUGAUAUCACAGUUAGAGAUCUCUAUCGAAACGGGCCUAUACCGGUCUCAGAACGCGAUAGCUGGUACAUCCGCUGGGUCAAGGCUGUUACCAUUCUCGAGCGUGCUUCGAAGCUGGCAUUCCUUGAACCAGAAGAAGAUUCGGAUUAUAGCCGCGCUUGGGCAGAGUAUCUUUGCCUUCUUUCUACACCUGGUACCCAGUCAGCUUCUUCUCCUCCCGUGUAUCUCAAUCAACCGAAAUAUAGAAAUCCCAAAGACUAUAACGAAUGUCUUUUUGCGCUAAACAGAUUGAAAAAAAAUCUGGGGGUUGAUGGAAUGUCGCUGUUGGAAAGGAAAAAAAUGGCUGAUGUCGAGGGGGCUGAACUGGUGUUCGGAACAAAGUUAAUUAUUUUGCAUCAUCACUUCAUUGCCACUGAUAUGCUCUUGCACGAUAUCAACUCUGCAGAUGCUGAUAAUAACGUGGCUAUGCAAGCCGCGCGUCAAAGUGUCGAUUUGUUUAGAAGUUUACCACAAAUACCUGCCCAGGAGAUUGAUGCCGAAGUGAUUUUGGUCUGGUGCAUGGUAGCCAAGUGCCUGAUCAAAGAGUUAGAGAGGUUUUCCCGACUGGGAGAUGUAAUAUCUUGCAAAACAGUUUCCGAUGAUGUCGACGUUAUUAUUAAUGAGCUUUAUCGUGCAGGGGAGGUGAUGGACAUGUCCCGUACACAAGCCAAAGCCAUGGAAGAGAUGAAGAAGAUGGCUCUCGCGAGUCAGCAUGUGUGAAUAGUAUAAAUAAUUGAAAUCUAGAUGGAUUCGAGUCUUGGGCCAUUCGUAUAAUCAGCUAUCCAUGCAGCUUCA